AACACUUUGCCUCUUGUGCAUGGUCAUGGUCAGUCACCACUCCAGCUCCCGUCGCCCGUCGGUACUCCUACCACUACUCCUCCUACUCCUACUCCUAGGCGGGCGAGUAUAGCAGUGUGAUGUGCCAUCCAUCCAUCCAUCCAUCGUUGAUCGUUGGCUGGGCUGGCAUAGUGAGUGAGUGAGUGGGUGGCGGUGGACUGGUGGUGACAGGUGAGCUGCAAACCUUGGACAUGAAUUGAGGGGCACCCAUCUUUUCCUGUCCAUGACUGUCCGAGUGAUGGAUGGAUGGCUGGAUUGAUUGAUUGAUCUGUGAUGCCUCACUAGCUCAGCUCCCCUCCGCUUUGUGGCAAAUCGCAUCAGCAACAGGGACCUCCUCUCCUCUCCUAUGGUGUGACUAUUUGUUGCGAUUUUUCUUCCACCUCCCCCUCUUUCUCUUUCCAUAUCCUCCUCCUGCUGGUUCCUCCUUCCUUGGUCCUCGUCUCACCAACACACACACAGAGUCAGAGAGAGGGAGAAUCAAAGAAGAAGAAGAAGAUGGAGAGGAGGAGGAAGGCAAUGUGGCUGUACCCGAAGGUGGUCGGCUUCAACCCUCCCGAGAGAUGGGGGCACUCCGCCUGCUUCUUCGAGGGAGUCAUUUACGUCUUCGGGGGAUGCUGCGGCGGCCUGCAUUUCAGCGACGUGCUCACCCUCAACCUGGACACAAUGGCGUGGAGCUCCCUGGCGACCAAGGGGCAGAGGCCCGGGACACGGGACAGCCACGGCGCCGCGCUCAUCGGCCACCGGAUGCUCGUCUUCGGCGGCACCAACGGCAACAAGAAGGUGAACGACCUUCACGUGCUGGACCUACGCACCAAGGAGUGGAGCAGGCCUCCCUGCAAGGGGACCCCGCCCUCGCCAAGGGAGAGCCACACCGUCACCACGGCGGCCGGCGGCGACAAGCUGGUGGUCUUCGGCGGGAGCGGGGAAGGGGAGGGGAACUACCUCAACGACGUGCACGUGCUGGACCUGCCCACCAUGACGUGGACGUCGCCACAGGUCACCGGCGAGGUCGUCCCCGCGCCCAGGGACAGCCACGGCGCCGUCACGGUCGGCAACAGGCUCUUCGUCUACGGAGGGGACUGCGGAGACCGCUACCACGGCGAGGUGGACGUGCUCGACAUGGACACCAUGGCAUGGUCAAGGUUUUCAGUAAAAGGAGCCUCACCUGGUGUCCGGGCAGGUCAUGCAGCCCUUGGCAUUGGAUCUAAGAUCUAUGUAAUUGGAGGAGUUGGUGAUAAGCAAUACUACAGUGAUGCAUGGAUUCUUGAUGUGGUUGAUCGGUCUUGGACUCAACUUGAGACGUGCGGGCAGCAACCCCAGGGCCGGUUUUCUCAUUCAGCAGUCAUCAUGAAUACUGAUAUUGCAAUCUAUGGAGGAUGCGGUGAAGAUGAACGGCCCCUGAAUGAGCUACUCGUUCUGCAAUUAGGCUCUGGGCAUCCAAAUGGCCGAUACAACAUCUCCAUGUGCAAGAUUUUGAGCAACCACUGGAGUCAGGAGAAGCGCAAGCUGUUGAGAGCACAACACCACAAGGAUGCAAGCCCAAGCAACCGGGAACUCGGUCAUAAACCUGGAGAAGCAGAAAUUGAGCAAAUUAGAAACCCUUUCCUCCGUGGUCUAGAAAAUGGGCAUGUGAAAAGAAGAAAAACUGGAGAUGCUGGUCCAAAUGAGAUGGAGUUGGAGCAGGAGGAGCACUCACUAUCGCUGUCCCAGCAUUCGUCCCCUUCCCAGUCCGAAAAAGAUCAGGAGCAGAAUGGAGCUCAGAUGAUUUCAGGCGGGUUAAUCUCAUCAGCAAUGCAACCGUUGGUUCGUCUUAACGCCAACGGUUCUCGAAGGACUAGCGGAGGCAUCAAGACUGACCAGUUUGUCCGCGGCAUUGCACCGCAGCAACGACACGAAAUGCAGUUCCUAACAGCUGAAGCUAAGCAGCAGCACAGGCCAUCCGGCCCACCUCUUAUUGGAGCUGAGGUUCAUGGGACGGUUGAUGGAGCUUUCGACUCGGGGUAUCUGGUCACAGCCGUCGUCAGUGGGCAGCUUUUCAGAGGCGUUCUGUUCGCUCCUGGACCCGGAGUAACAGCGCCAAGACCUGUAAUGCAGCAUCAGAUUCUCAAUAGCUCGGCGAUUCCUCCCCAGCACCAGCACGCCUUCCCGGUUCACGCCCGACCGCUGCCGCAGGCCACAGGCUUUGUACGGCCUGACUACAGUCACCAUGCUCGGCGUGGGUUCCCGGCCAGACUUGUCAAGUCCGAGCCGGAGAGGAGCGGCAGUGACCUUCACCAUGUUGUGCUCACGCUCGGAGGCCCAGGAGGGGGCAACUGACCCUAUUUCCGGAAACACUUCGAGCUCCUCCUCGCAUUCGUCUCUUGAAGUUGCUCUGUAAAAUAUAUAUUCUACUAGUUGAGGAAAAUAAGCCUUCAUGGUUUCA